CACACCAGCAUGUGUGUCUCCUAUAUAAAGGCAGCAGACUGUGAGUUAGAACAGCAGCAUUCAUCCACCAGGUGACUUCAUCUGGCCAACCACUGUCUGCAGAUACGAAGACAACAUGCCCCAGUACAUCACCGACCUCGAAGUGUCUCUGAAUGAGAAUGAUGAGAGUCACCUCCGUGCUCAAGGUUUCAGCAAAAUUGAUGUAGAUCUGAACAAAGGGGCAAAAGGAAACUACAUCUACCUCUGGUACAAGACAGGUAGCUGUGGAGCCAUCACCAGGAUCCAGUUUUCCUUCAAUGAGGCCAUGAGUGAGGGCCUGAACAGGGCAGGGUACCAGAAGAUCAACAAAGACCUCAAUGCUGGAGCAGGAGGGGACUACAUCUAUCUGUGGUUCUUCAAAGGUUCCUCAGAGUACCAUGUUCCCAUCGUGAACCUGGAUGUCUCUAUUACCGAUGAAGCCCAGAAGUUUAAGUUCAACUGGGAGAGAUUGGCCUGUGAUCUGAACCGGGGGGCUGGAGGAUGUUGGAUCUACCUGUGGGUGAAGCGAGAGAAUCCCACCUACAUCUGUGACCUUACUGCCACCUCCAACUUCCAGGGAGACGACGACUACUUAAAACAGGGCUACAUCCGAGUGGACGAAGACACCAACAGAGGAGCAGGAGGGGCCUACGUCUUCAUCUGGUACCGUGAGACCACUAAGUAUGAAGGGGCCAUCAAAAGCCUGCAGGUCUCCACCGAUGACGCCGAGUACCAGCGCUUCCAGAGCCAGCAGUAUAAACCAGUGAACAUGAAUCUGAACCAGGGGACCAAAGGAACCCCGGUGUUCCUGUGGUACAAGAAAGAUGACUGCAGCAGCGGCCCCAUCAAGGACAUCACUCUGAUCACCAGACGUGAUGUCUCUCCCUUUGAGGCUGUUGGUGUCGAGGUCAUCGACAAAAACUUCAACGCAGGAGUCGAAGGUGCAGCUGAGCUGUUACUGUGUUUCUACCACUGAUGUCACCAUGGCGACAGAGCUGAGCAUGGUCACUGAGCAGAAACAAACAAUCUAAAAUAUUUCUGUUGAAUCUCUUUAAGUUUUUCUCCUGUGAUGAAACCAUGAAAUGUGUUAAAUCACUGUGAUCUCAGAAGUUUUAUUCAUCAAACAUGUAGAAUCAGUCAACCUGUGUGUUCUUCAUUGAUUCGGUUUCUCUUCAUUCUGACUUUCUCUGAUUCAAUAAAGUCUCAUCUGCAUCUCAAAUAUCUUUGUCUGCUUA